UUUUAUCAACUUUUAAAUUGAAUAUCAAUUAAAAUGAAAAAAAGUGAAAUUAAAUUUCGUUUAAUAAUUAAAUAUCAAAGUACUCGAAGUAUCAAAGUAAAUUAUUGAAUUUUAAAAUUAAAAAUCAGAAAGAUGGAAAGUGUACAUGAUGACAGGUGUUUUUCCAACACUUUCCAAGAAUAUAAUGGUGAACAUAUGCUAAGAGAAGAUGGAAGGCUGAAGGAUUCAUUGAGCAAAAAAAUAGAGGCUGAAAUAGAGAGAUUGUUGGAGAGGUUGUACAGGGGCCUAGGUGAUGAAGAUGAAGAUAGUGUAUCUGUAUAUACUGGAAUGGGAGGUGUUGCUCUUUUGCACCUUCAUCUUUAUUCUACACUGAAACAAGAUUUUGGGCAGUUAGAAUGUGCUUUAGACUGUAUUAGACAACCUCUACGCAAGCUGAAAGGACACAGAAUCUCAUUUUUGUGUGGUGAUGCUGGACCAUUGGCUCUAGGAGCGGUUAUUUAUAACAAACUUGGUAACAGAGCUGCUUCAGAAGACUGUCUGAAAAGGCUGAUAGGAUUACAGAAUGCUGUGUGUACAGAUCCGUCCCUACCAGAUGAGUUACUGUAUGGUCGUGCAGGCUACCUGUAUGCCUUGCUGUUUGUAAGAACACAUCUAGGCAAUGACAGUAUUAAUACCGAUGUGAUUCACAGGGUUUACAAAUGUAUUAUAGAUUCUGGAAUCAGUAUGUCACAACAGGAGCGUUGGCAACAUCCAUUGAUGUAUGCCUGGCACGAGAAACAUUAUCUUGGGGCAGCUCAUGGCCUUGCAGGAAUCUUCUAUGUUCUUAUGCUUGUGCAAGAUGAAUCUCUGAAGAAACAUGUAGAAGAUCUGAUUCGACCCAGUAUAGAGUAUAUGCUCACACUCAGAUUUCCAUCUGGAAAUUGUCCAUCAUCUAUUGGAAGUUCCACUGGUGAUAAACUUGUACAUUGGUGUCAUGGUGCACCAGGCUGGAUACACAUGUUUAUCUCAGCUUACAAGUUGUUUGGAGAAGACAGAUACCUACAAGCAGCGAAAGCUUGUGCUGAUGUGAUCUGGUCACGUGGACUGUUAAAGAAGGGGUUUGGGCUUUGUCACGGGAUUUCGGGCAAUGCCUACGCUUUUCUUGCCAUGUAUAAACUUACCGAUGAUCAGGCUUAUCUCUACAAGGCUUAUAAGUUUGCAACGGUGAUGAUGGAAAGAAAUGUAAGAGUUAGAGUUCCUGAUCAUCCUUACUCGCUAUUUGAAGGUCUAGCUGGAACUAUCUACUUUCUAGCUGAUUUACUUCAUCCAAAGAAUGCCAAGUUUCCAGCAUUUGACUUGCCAUAAAAUUAACUGUAUUGUAAGCUGAACUUGCUCUUUGAGUAGCUGUAGGAAUGCAAAGUUUAGAAAAUACCACCUUUUGUUUUCAACACAACUCUAUGAUUGUGUCUUUAUUCAUCUUGAAGAAAAAAGAAGUAUUGCUUAAGGGAAAGAAAAGGACAUUACAGCAUGUCUUAAUGACUGCAUGGAAGUGAUAGAAUAAGGUUUCAUUGUGUUUUAUGAUAACUUAACAAUUACACAAGUUUUAUUUUCAAUUGAACAAUAUAUACAUUAGACUAAGAAAUAUUUGUGGUUCCAAUGAAAUGGAAGUUUUCAAAGUAGAUAAAGAACAUGUACUGGAUUCCAGUAAAAAAAAAUGACUUUGAAAACAAGCAUUUAAUUUUGUGUUACGCUUUCCUUUGCCAAAAAAAAAUCCUUUGUUACACUGUAUAUUUUUUCAAAGAAAUUGAAUUUAGGUUUGUAGCUACAAUUUAGAUUGGAAAAAAUUCAGUGUUCCAUUAUCAACUGCAAAAAAAAUGUGUCUAUCAGUUUGUUUGUUUUGGGACACAUGUAUUGUUUGUGUUAGGUAUGAAAUAAUGUUGUGUGACAGUGCCAUUGUUGACUUUUUUGUGAAGACUAAUUUUUAUUUAUUGAUUUACAUUGAUGUUAUGUAUUAAAUUUAUUUAUUUAUUAUGUUUAUGAUUUUUCUGUUUAUGAAUUUAUAGUCUUGAUAAAAUGUAAAUGUUUA